CUAUCGAUGGGCCAUAGUUUUAUGCCUUCUCACCUUCAAUUCGAAUUUUUGGCUCGUGCUGGAAUGCUACAUCAUCGUAUCCCCGAAUUGGCAGCCUACCCACAUCACGCUAUUUUAGGUAAAACACGCCGUCCGCGCACUGCAUUCACAUCACAACAGCUGCUCGAGCUCGAAAAGCAAUUCAAGCAAAACAAAUAUUUAUCCCGCCCAAAACGUUUCGAAGUGGCAAGUGGACUGAUGCUUUCCGAAACGCAGGUGAAAAUUUGGUUCCAGAAUAGGCGCAUGAAGUGGAAACGCUCGAAGAAGGCGCAACAAGAGGCGAAGGAACGAGCUAAACAGCAACAUCAACAGCAGCAGCAACAACAGAGUGCAAACAACAGCAGUUAGUAGCUGACCGAUGCGGUAGUUCUUCGAAAUGGGGUGCAGGAGCAGCCUAAUUAUCCCAAAUAUCCAUCCAAAGGAUAAAUCACCAACACUGCCCAUUGCACCAACAACAACCCCAUCAGCUAUGGUGCUCGUAAUUACAAUUCUAGUCAAAUAUAGGCGUCGGAUAGCGAAUGUGGAGCAUAGCAACGUGUCCGGCAGAUUUGUUCUCUCCUUGUGGGAUGUUGGUGAGCGAUUAUUGAAGGGUAGUAGCUGAGGGAGCUCUUGUUUGUACGGCUGCUUCUGGCGCCCAUUGUACUUAUGGUACGUGCAUUGGCACUUGGCGAUGCCUUUUGUUUGCUUUGUAAUUAUGUAGUUCAAUUGCGUUAAGAUGCGACCAUGUGAAAAUUAGAAACGAAACUAAACUACAUAUAUACAUAUGGAAGGAGUUUUUGUUUAUGUUCACAGUUAAAUAUGGAGUAAGUGGCGAAGAAGUUUCUCAAACAAAGUGCGUUUGGAAUUCAGUAUAUUUGUUUCUAUGAAUUGCUUAGUGAACUCUUUGUUUGCUUUCAUUAGCAGAAAAUUUCAUAGUGUGAUACGACAAAUUAUAGUAUUUAUUGAAAUGAAUUAUGUAUAUUAUGUAAAUGUAAAUA